AUGGUUCGCCGUCCCUACGUCUCUCCACGACGAGAGUGGUCCAAGGUCUCUGCUAACAAGAAGUCCUCUCCUCAGGUUACCUACAACACCCACCCUCACAUUGUCGAGCUCAUCGCUCUGUUCUCCGAUCCCUCGACCCGCGCUCUUUUCCGCCUCGUCUGCAGGUCCCUCCGCGAUUAUGUCGACGUCAGGUCGGUCCUUCCCGGCGGCGUUCUGUUCGAGUGGCACGGCAACGGCACUCCGUGCAACCUCGAGACAACCGAGAAGCUGCCCGUCUUCUCUCCCACCACUUUCGAAUGGGACGGCAAGGAUGCGCAGAUCGAUGUGAUUUCCCGCGCCCCCCGCGUCACCAUCGGCGGCGGCACGACCAUCCCCUACAUCGAGGAGCUCCUCUCGUACCUCCCCGAGCACUCGCCCGUUACCAUCACCCACGACGGCACCGGCCCGCCCCUGAACAUGGAUAUGCUCGCGCCCCUGUACCUCGACGUCGAUGCUGUUGUUCGCUGCCAGUGUUCCCGUCACCAGCCUGGCGCCGUGUUCAGGCACGCCGCCACCCACCUCACCGUCCACUUCACGCUCCCCGCGCUCCUGGGUAACCAGGCAGACAGCGCGUGCUCGCUCCUCCGCGGCCUCUGGUCUCCCACCAUCCAGCUGCUGCAGCUCUGCUUCGAGUCCCCCGACUGGCCGUUCGAGGCACUCAUCCCCUCGAUCUUCCCCCACCCCAUCGUGAACAGCAACCUCCACAUUCAGUUCCACUUUGCGUGGUGGCCUGGGUACAAUGUGGUCGAGACGGCCGACAACCUCCGCAUUCUCCUCGCUAGCUACUUUGGGAUCUCCCUCGACCGCGUUACGGAGGUCAUCGCUGUCCGCCCAUUCCCCACCAUGCCCAAGGUCACUUGUGCACACCUCCCCGAGCGCCCCUACUCCCGCUAG